GUCCCAGUAGUGUACGGACGUGUCGCUUCCUGUCGCUGGAAUGUAAACACUGUGACGUUAUUCUCUACGCGCCGCCUUCAACGCACUCAUACAUUAGCGCUGCUCAUCGGUAUAAUAAUCUUACUCAAUCAUAGGGGAGUCGGCAGUGUCGGGUGUCGAGAUUCGGGAAGUUCUGGUGAAGAAUUUAAACCCCACGGAUGACCGAACCACCGUUUAACCAAGAUCUACAGUAUAUUGAGGAAGUAUAACCAAUCCUACACUAGUUUCUCCAGUAUACUACAAAGAGUAUACUGACAAACAUACCUUCAUCUCAGUGUGUGUGGUAGAGGAUGUCGGUCUGGAUAGCCCGGAAGUAGCGUCGUGGCGGCUGGUGUCCCUAUCUGCUUCACUAUCGCUCACACACACACAAAAAUCGAAACCCAGAAACGUAAUUUAAUAGCAUAAUUGACAAGUAAAGAUAAAGAAGUGAUUAAAAGAUGUAAGAAUAAGUCAGGAUAAAUAUUAAUACCGAUAAAUGAACAAAUAAAAAUGGAAACGCAACGAUAAGUUAUAAAAAUAAUUCGAUCAUUAUCAAAUCAGGGAUCUGACACUGCACUAUUCCUUCACUUAUAAUACCUCUCGACCUAUCCAUCUCAGGAGUCUGUAUUAUGUGAUGUUCUGAAUAACACUUUACUUCUUUGCUUGUCAUAUACACGAAUGUUUCAUGUAAUUAAGAAGAGUACCUGAUACCGUACCUGUUGUGUUAAUGUAAAUAAUAAAUAAGGAACUAAAAAAAUAUAUAUAUAUGGAUUUAUCAAUCUAUUUCUAAGUGUUUGAAGUGUAGAAAGAAAUUAAAGUGCUCUUAAAUAUAAAAAUUCUUUACGUUUUGUGAGUUUCAUACGAAUGUCAAGAUGAAAAAUUAGCGUGAAAAAUAUCUCCCUUUAGGUCCAGCCAGAUUGAAUUUCUGAACGUGUGUGAGAGGGUGACUGCACACCAUGCUCGAUAACGUCUAAUUGUUUAAUCUCUGAGCCAUGUGAGUGAAGCAUUACGUAUAUUUUUCAAUAAUCGUUUACUUUAGUUUUGAUAAUUUUUGAUGAUAAUUUCGAAUAAAUUCUUAAAUUAUUUACACAGAUGUAUGGUAAUCCCUCACGUCAAAGUUGCCGGGAAGAUCACCAAAAGUUAGCACAACACAACACCUCAGUUCCUAAUCAUUCAUAUGUCAGGGUUGUCGGUGACCUUCAAACAUACAAAGUGUGAUCUACUGUAGUAACGCUAAGACUCACUCAGUGGCCCCCACCACACACCUCAAGUCCUGUGCUCCAUCAACCAGGAGUCAUUACCUCUUCACAAAGCGUCUUUGAGAUGUAUGUCUGCCACCACACACACCAUGUACACUUCAGGAAGAAGUUGGAUCACAAGUUGAACACAAGACAACACCGUGUGCAGCCUGCUGGUCACCUGAGAGAGGCACAGGACAGCUGGAACACGGAGACUGACGGUGAAAUGGUGCUAACUGUGCCUCCUCUUGUGAGUGGAACUUUGUAUAUGACACACAGAUUGGUGGUCACAGUCAGCAGCCUUCAGGAUGGCUCACUCCCGGAAGUGCUCCCUCUCCCUUGCUUAAGAAUCAUAAUACACUUCACCUCACAGUGUAACAGCGAUCAUUCCAAACACUCUUUAGCAGUGAAACAGAAACGAUCUUUAUACAGCGCUGGUGGUUAUCAGUAUUAUAGGAGUAUAUCUAAAUUACCCUUCACAGAAAAGUGUCAACGUUCACAACCAAAGAUAAACAAUUGUAAACCUCAAACAAACACCUCAGACAACAACGUGAAUGAAAGCCAAAGAACAUGUCAGACGAGGCUCAUGAUAAGUAACUCGCCAGUGUCAGAGGAAACCAACAGUAACAAGAGACUCGACGCCAAACCAACCUCAGAGGAUGUUAGCGAUGGAGUAAGUCAGACGACGAACACUACAGCACUGUCUCUACCUUCCCAACUUAGGAGACGAGGAGAGACCCAUCAAACUACCUCCUACAGAACUAGUAGGUGCAGGAGGGCGAGGAGGUGGAGUGAGUGGUGGGCGAGGGUGGUGAUAGUGCUGACAGUAUGGGUGUGGGCGGGACAUCACCACGUGCAGGCCGCCCACACCACAAACAUCUGUCAGGAGAAACACAAAGGACCUGCUGAUAAAAUCUGCGGCAGCCUGGACCUGCGGAACAACAUCAGCGCCCUGGAUAAACUGUGCCGCUGCCGCAUCAUCGACGGCCACCUCCACUUUGUCCUUCAGGAGCAGAGAGACAACGCUUCCAUCCAUCGCCUCAACCGCUACUCGUUCCCGGGACUGAAAGAGAUCACCCAUCAUCUCCUCGUCUACCGGGUCUUCAACCUCACCUCUCUCGGUCGACUCUUCCCUCACCUGGCAGUCAUCAGAGGCGAUGUGCUGUUCCACAACUACGCCCUCGUCAUCUACGACGUGCCCAACCUGAAGGAGGUGGGCCUGGCCUCCCUCACCGUCAUCCUUAGAGGUUCCGUUCGUAUAGAGAGAAUCCUUGGCUGUGUACAUACGAUAGACUGGGGCCGUAUCACCGUCACUCGUCUGGCUGAGAACUACAUCAGUCGCAAUCGGGCAGAGUCUGACUGUCCGUCUUGUCCAGAGGAGCUAAGUUGUCCUCACUCUCUACCCUGCGGCGCCCCUCGAUGCUGGGGUCCUCACCACUGCCAGGCCCUGUGUGAUAAGGACUGUCCCGGAGGCUGUGUAGGGGACCAGUGUUGUCAUAGUGAGUGUCUCGGUGGCUGCCUCACCCCAGGCGACCCCACCUCCUGCCACGCCUGCAAGAACCUGCUUGAUCACGACCGCUGCACACAUUCCUGCUCCUCACGCAAGUUCAAGGUGUUGAAGCACAGGUGUGUAGAUCGUGAGAUGUGCCUGCAACACUACGCUGUGAAGGCGGACACGCGGGAGUGUGUGGAGCUGUGUCCACUUGGGUACACUGAGACCACGGAAGGUGAAGGGACUCGUAACGUAACCAAGUGUGUCCCAUGUAAAGGGUUCGUGUGUCCUAAGACGUGUGACUCUACCGUAGUGAAGAGCAUCAGCCACGCCCAGCUACUGAGAGGCUGUACCAUCAUCCAAGGCAACCUGACCAUCCAUAUUAACGGUGGAGAAGACAUCGAGGAGGAGCUGGAGAAGAACCUCAGUGGUAUAGAAGAGAUCACAGGUUACGUUAAGAUCUUCCGUUCAAACGUCUCAUCCUUGAACUUCCUGGGUAACCUGACCAGAAUUCGCGGCGACACACUUCUCCAUAGCAAUUACUCGGUGGUGAUCCUCGACAACCCUAACUUAAGGAACUUGUGGCAGAGUACCAACCUCACCAUCAACAAAGGGAAGGUGUUCGUACAGUCAAACCCCAAACUGUGUCUCCACCACAUCGAAGACUUCAUCAACAACACCAAUAUCACGGGACUCUCAGAAACAGAUGUCUCUUCAACCUCCAAUGGCGAUAAGGUUCCCUGUAACGUGACUCCCCUCAACGCCAGUGUGAGUCAGUCUAGCCUGUACGGGACGCUGAGAGUGACAGUAGCAGCCAGCCCCCUCCCCUUCGUUACCGUCUACUACGUCAACUUCAAGAAAGCUGACAAGAAUAUUUCCAUAUAUGAGAGUGAGGGACCGUGUAGUGACCAGGGGUGGUCGACGAUGGAGAUGGAUGCAGGCAACAGUACAGGAGGCACCAUUACAGGCAGCAUCGUCAACCUGGAACCUUACACACGCUACGCAGUUUACGUUAAGACUUACUCCCUCGCCUCCAGUGCCAAGGGCGCCCAGUCCGAGGUCUUGUACGCCGUCACCAGCCCUUACAACCCGACGGAGCCAGUACAGGUUAAGUGGGUAUCAGACAACAGCUCAUCACUCGAGGUAUGGUGGCAGCCUCCGAGACGACCCAACGGUGUCAUCGACCAUUACCUCGUCACCCUCACACUCCUGCUAGACACACUCAGAAUACCGCCAGAUCUCGACUUCUGCAACCAGCAAACAAGGGAGUACGUUGAUAAGAGGAUGAAGGCCCCGGCUGUGGCUGAGGCCUCCAGUAUCCCAGUGAGGAAGACUCCCAGAAUCCAGGAGCAAGCUGAGGAAGAGAUGCCUGCCGUGGAUGACAAAGAGGGCUCCUGCACCGCCACGCCCACGCCCACCUGCUGUGCCUGCCAGGACGCGGGCGUGGGCGUCGACCAAGAGGUGAUGGGACAGAUAGGGUUCGAGGACUUCAUGAUGGACACCGUCUACGUGAAGAAGAUCAACAGGUCGAGGAGGAGCACUCACGAGAAGCUCCUUGUUAGUGAUGAAGAGUUUGAGGCUAAACUAAGAGCCACUCACCAGCCCACUGAGAACACCUUCCUAAAGAACGGGGAAAAUAGCCAAUUUAAGGACGCCUCCACCUUCUCCGAGGAGCUUGGCAGCGUUGACGUCUUCACUCGACCGUUCCUCGACCCAGAGGCAGAGAACGAGGAGUUCCCUCUCCACCAGGACCAGAAGGUGCACGAGUUCCCCACCCACGCCGGGAUCCACGAGCACUAUCAGCCUCACCUAGAGAACCUCACCCAGUACAACACUCCUCACCCACAACACAGCUCGGUACUUCUACACCAGGAACACAUGACCCGCGAGACACGCCUGGGCCUACACAACCUCCACCACUACUCCAUCUACUCGGUGGCGGUGAAGGCUUGUCAGGCUCCCGUCAACAUGCUCUCUGUGGACCCCAAUGGCCGACUCGUCCACCAAGGGAAGCUGUGUUCGACCGUCCCAGCCCGUGUCGCUGCUCAGACCAGGCCCAGCGGUGUGGCUGACCAGGUGGCCGAGGGGUCCCUACGUGCUGUGGUCCAGACCAACACCUCCAAGACCUCGGUAGUCAUCAGCUGGGACCCCCCGACGAGUCCUAAUGGAGGGGUGGUGGCUUAUAUUCUCAAGAUCCACGGUAGCAUGAUGAUGGAGAGGUGUGUGACCGGGAGGGACUUCGAGGCAAUGAGUCAUAAGGUGGAGUUACCUGACCUGUCUCCUGGUAACUACUCCGUCCAGGUCAGGGUCAGGUCAAAGGCUGCGUACGGUAACUUCUGCGCUCCAGUCUUUUUCGUUAUGGUGGCACAGGAAGAAGACUCAGCAACAAGGACGUGGGUGGUGAUAAUGACGUGGACGGUGAUAGUGGUGAUGGCGGGGUUGCUAGUGGCUACGUCCAUGUGUUGGUACUGGCGACGCUACACUGCCGCCCACAUAAUACCUCACACUCUGGAGAAGGUCGACAUUAAUCCUUACUACCGAGAAGGCUUCGCUCCCUCCGAGAUCUUCCAGGAGGAGUUUAUCUUCUGGCGUGAUGACCUGAAGGUGAUGUACGACCGUCCUCUUGGCCACGGGUUCUUCGGGAUGGUGUUUGAGGGAUUGGUCAACCGGUGUGGCCAACAGACUCGAGUAGCCGUCAAGACCCACAACGAGAGAGCCAGCACGGAGGAGAUACGCCAGUUCUUAAAGGAAGCAGCACUCAUGCAGAACAUCACCUGUCACCACGUGGUAAGACUGCUGGGGGUGGUGGGCGACUACUCCCCAGUCUUCGUCGUGAUGGAGCUCAUGCAGGAGGGAGACUUGAAGACCUUCCUCAGGAAACACCCGCCCAACUUCCUCACUGGCCAGAAGAUGAUAGAGAUGGCGGUGGAGGCAGCGGACGGGAUGGCGUACCUAGCGGCGGGGAAGUUAGUACACCGUGACUUAGCAGCCCGUAACUGUAUGCUGGACAACGAACUGACCCUCAAGAUUGGUGAUUUUGGCCUCACACGAAACCUCAAGUCAGAUUAUUACAGGAAAGAAGGCCAGGGGAUGCUGCCAGUAAAGUGGAUGGCGCCGGAGAGUCUUCAGUUCAGCGUGUACAGCACCCAGAGUGAUGUGUGGAGCUACGGCGUCCUGCUGUGGGAGAUGGCCACCCGGGGUGUUACGCCCUACAAGAACCGAACUAACGACGAAGUGAUAAGACUAGUGGUUGAGAGGUAUGCUACGUUGAGCCGCCCUAGGAACUGCCCCAAGCCCCUGCAGCGGGUCAUGAGGCGGUGUUGGAGUUAUGAAGCCAGAGAGAGGCCCUCCUUCCUCGCCAUCAUCAAGUAUUUGCUUAAGGUGAGUCCUAGAUCGAUCUAUCUAUCUAUCUAUCUAUCUAUCCUGUCUAUUUGUCUAUUCUGUCUAUAUCUAUCCUGUCUGUCUGUCUGUCUGUCUGUCUGUCUAUUAUGCGAGCAAGUGACAGAUGCUUCCAUGGAAAUUGAUCUAAGAUAACCUUUGCUACUCUUAACCUAGCCAAUCUUUACCUAGGCAUGGUUUGGUUAGGUUAAGUUUCUUUAGAUUUGAUCAAUUUGGUUACUUUAUAUUUUCUUGUUUAUCAACAUUAUCGUUAUUAUAAGAAAUUGUGUGCGUUUGUUUAUGUUAUGUGCGUCUGUGUCUAUGUGUGUUUAUGUGCGUCUGUCUUUGUGUGUCCGUGUCUUCUUCAUGUCUGUGCGUUUGUCUAUGUGUGUAUUUGUUUGUUUGUUCUGGAUAAUUUAAUGCGACUAUUGUGAAGAUCUGUCGAAGUGGUUUGUGUUAUUGUAGUCUGAAGUAAACAUCGAUUUAGUGAGUCAGUGAGAACAAGAACAACAACACGAAGAACAAGAACAACAACAAGACGAAGAAGAACAAGUCCAACAAGAAAUCACUGAUAAUAUUCGUGAUAUUUUAAACAAGGAAAAUAAAAGUAUUUAACGCCAUAUACCCGGAAAUAAACACCCGAACACAACCUCGUCCGAAUACGUGAAAUCCGAAAUUUCUAAAAGUCCGAAACCGUGAGUAAUAACCAUAAUUAAAUAAAUAAAAAUAAAUAAAUAAAUAAAUAGGGUACUAAAUAUUAUG